AUGCCUCAACAGGACUCUCCGCCAGAUAGCCAGGCCUUGCAUCAUUUUAUAUGCCCCGAAGUCUAUCAACCUCUCCAUAACAGUAUUCCUCCGGAACUGAUCAACCGGUAUGAUCCCGCAUAUGUCGAGCACUACAAUAAAUACAACGCUGGACGUCUGCAUACCCAUGAGGUCCCAAUUGAGGAGUUUCGUAAGAAUCCCGCCCGGUACCUCAUCGCAUAUGGGCGUGCUAGAGGUCCCGAUGUCUAUCGAAUUACCGAACAAAAGUGUCCCGUCAAGGGAGCUGAGAUAACUAUUCGGAUCUUCGAGCCAGCCCCGAAAAAAGACAACCAGAACGAGCAAAAAAAGAGAGCCGCCUAUAUUAACUUCCACGGCGGCGGUUGGGUAUUUGGAAAUCUCAGUGCUGAUCAUGAUUUCUGCAAGACCCUUGUUGAUGGCCUUGACGGAAACCUUGUUGCCUUUGAUGUGGAUUACCGACUAGCCCCCGAGCAUCCAUUUCCCAUCCCCGUGGAGGAUUGCUGGGCAGCUUUCAAUUGGAUUCGAACCGAAAAGGCUGCCGAGUUCAAUCUCGAUCUGACUAAAUUCUCUGUAGGAGGUGUAUCUGCAGGUGGCCAUCUUGCAGCAGUCAUUGCCCAUCUCUGUCGCAAUGAGGGCAUCCCUCUUGGCUUGCAAGUCUUGACUGUUCCUGUGUGCGACCUGCACCAAGUCUUCACACCAGAAGGCGUGUUCGACCGUGAGAACUGUCCAUAUGAAUCAUAUCGAGAAAUGGAAUUCGCCCCUGCGCUCCCUGCGGCCCGCAUGGCAUACUUUCACCGACACUUCCUUGGCGUGCCUCGAUCUCCACCAUCUGAAGAUGACUGGAAAAUCUCUCCCAUGCUAGCUUCGAACUUUGAAGGGCUUGCUCCAGCUCUCGUAUCAACAGCUGAACUUGAUCCUUUACGCGACGAGGGUGAGGUAUAUGCUGCCAAACUCGAAGCGGCAGGGGUCCGUGUAGAGGUCAAGCGAUACCUAGGGGCACCACAUCUCCUACCUAUCCUGGAUGGGAUUCUUGAAGGAGGGCGACAAUACAAUGCAGCUGUGAUCGCAGCGCUUCGUCGGGAGUUUGUGGCGUGA